CAUUUUGCGAUGUGUUGGCCAGGUGUAAUCGUAGUCACAACCGGUAUGACGUACAUGUAUGUACCUUGCAGGAGGUACCCCUAACUUAGGUACAUAGGUGAGUGGGGCGCUAGUACCUACCUUAAGUGCCUAUGUACCUAAGCUUCCGCGUCAGUCGCGUCAUCGUAGUCAAUCGUCGGGUCUCUUUCAAUAUUUUAAAACAUAACACGCUAGUCUCGUCAGUAUUGCUUUUCAGUAGUUGAUUUCGUUUAUCAAAAUGCCAUGACAAGUGCGGAAUCACUGAUCUUCUAUCCGGCGUAUUGCUUCCAUCUGUCCCCGACGAUAAAUAAAUGGUGUCCUCUACGCGCCGCCGACAUCCAUGGUCUUGAAGGUCGGCCUGGAUUUGAAGGUGACAAUGUAUUCUUCUCCUUAAACCACCCCAUCCGUUGGGUUCGGAUAGUCGGCGUUGUGGUUGCAAUAGACGAGUUUUAUGGCCGCCGAAUCUACACUGUUGACGAUAGCACUGGCGCGUGUAUCGAAUGUGGCAUAAGUGUCCCGAAGCCGGUUGAUAGCCGAUAUCGGAACGCCGCAGAGGACCCGGCCCCCGAUCCAUAUCCGGAAAUUGACGUCGGCAUGGUCGUCGAAGUUAAGGGUAGUACGAUUGUCUUCAGAGAACAGAAGCAGAUUAAGGUCCAAAAACUACAGAGGGUCGGAUCCACAAAUCAAGAGGUCCAAUUCUGGGACAAGAUUCUCAAUUUUCGCAAGGACGUUUUGAGUAAACCCUGGGUAUUGGACAAGAAAGAGGUUCGGCGGUGUAAGAAGCAGUAUAUGGCUGAUGUGGACUCUAAGGAGAGGAAGAAGAGGAGGAAAGAAAACGGGCUUGCCAUUGACAAACAUAAACGGGAUCCAGAGCUUAAGGACAAGAGCAGGGAGGCAGGCAAAUCUAUGAAGGAAGAGUCUCCGGUCAUGCUAGGAGCCCAAAGUCCCUAUGCCAAAGGUCAAUACAGCGCAUUAGGGCUGUGAAUAUACUUAUUUAUAUUUACCCCCUUUUCCCCGU